GAGGGCCGUUUCGUAUAUGACACCGCUCCGUGUAUGAGGAAGUCACAUAGUUUAGUCUCAGUGCGAGUUAUCAGUUCUGCUAGAGAGUCCUAACCUUCAGGUCUGCAUCCCUGGGGCAGCCAGCAUGGGGCAGAUAGAGUGGGCGAUGUGGGCCAACGAGCAGGCCUUGGCGUCCGGGCUGAUUCUGAUGACCGGAGGCAUUGUAGCGGUUGCCGGACAGUUUAAAGGCUGGGAAUUUGGUGCAUACGCGAUAGCGGCAGGAGUCUUCGUCACCCUUUUGGAGUACCCCCGAAGCAAGAGAAAGAAGGGGUCCACGAUAGAGCGAUGCGGCCAGAAGUGCAUGACCUCGGUUCUGAAGGUGUUUGGGCCCCUCACCCGUAAUUACUAUGUCCGCGCCGUCCUACACGCAGGUCUGGCGGUACCUGGAGGAUUCAUCCUGGCCACGAUUUUAGGCACCGUGUGUCUCGGUAUAGCCAGCAUCAUCUAUUUCCUGGCUGCUCUUCGAGGGGAGGAGUGGCGUCCGAUCGAACUGAAACCCCCGUCAAAGCCAAGGGUUGCUGAAACGAUCAAACGGCCUCCUGAAAAUCCUCCUCCCCGUCCACCUCCAGAGGCGAGGAGGAAGCAGGUGGAAGAGGAUUCUUCUGGUGGAGGCUACACCAACCCCAUUCCGGUUAGCGAUGAAGUAUGACGUUCUCCAAGAGCUUGGUCCAUUUUGGCAGAAGGUCCUUCACCCUUCUAGACGCGUCCACGAGACAUUAUGAUGUAGGACCAAAAGAACUUGGUGGAUAAUCCAAGCGACUUGUUACUGUAUCUCACCUGCUUUCUCUAAGUGCCUUGAAAAGACGACAGAAGUGCGACGGUGUGACGGUGUCCGAAAAAACACGACACAAGGAUGGACUCUGAUGUCAUCCAAGCUCUAGAUUUCUUACAUAUUAUCAGGGAGCCAGGGUUAGAAGGUUUUUUGUGUUAACGUUUACCUCUUGUUGACAAAAUUCCCUCCUGUCCAUGCGCAUUUAUUGCCUAUAUUGUUACAGAAGCUUGCAAAAAGUCGACCGUGCCACAACACGUAAACCUGUGUGAAUGCCGCUUCCAGGUACCUCUGAUCCCAUCAAACAUAACCCAUCGCACAUUAUGUGGCCGCUCAAUAAUGUCCCGCUGAGGGCACAGGGGUGCCUUUUUACAUGUCAUCACAAUGAGAGUAAUCUUCCUGGCUCAAAUGUUGAACUAUAAGCAUGGCUGAAGGUCAGAAUAGUCACCCGACAUCGACACCUUGUAGAAGGGAGUGUAACCCGCACCUUAUUAAUGUCGCUGAACGGAAUCCAGACAAUUUCUAUAUAUGUGCUACAAGCUGCUUAAAUAAUAAAAGUGUUGCAUAAA